AUGUCUUCUUCACAGAAGGAUCUUGUCACUGCAUUUGACAAUGGAGACCAGAAGGUGUUCUUCAAUUUAUGGGAAGAACACAUUCCCAGUUCCAUCCGAAAUAGUGACGCCCUUGCCCAGAAGUUGGAAUUCUAUCUUCACAUCCAUUUUGCCAUCUAUCCUCUGAAACACUCCAUAGGGAGACCGGACAGAGAGGAGCUGGAAGAAAGGAUUUCUUACUUUAAAACCUACCUGGAGACCAAAGGAGCAGAUUCCUGGACUCCAGAGUUAAAGUUGAAGUUAGAAAAGUUUCUAGCUUUAAUAUUUAAAGCUAGCAACACGCCGAAGCUUUUAACAAUAUAUAAGGAGAAUGGACAAAGUAACAAAGAAAUGUUGCAGCAGCUCCACCAGCAGCUGGUCGAAGCUGAACGUAGGUCAAUGACAUACCUGAGACGGUACAAUAAGAUCCAAGCAGACUACCACAAUCUCAUUGGAGUCACAGCAGAGCUGGUGGAUUCUCUGGAGGCUACAGUCAGUGGCAAGAUGAUCACUCCCGAGUACCUCCAGAGCGUCUGUGUCCGCCUCUUCAGCAACCAGAUGCGGCAGAGCCUGGCGCAUAGCGUGGACUUCACGAGGCCUGGGACGGCUUCCACCAUGUUACGAGCUUCCUUGGCACCCGUGAGAUUGAAAGAUGUCCCAUUACUGCCCUCCCUGGAUUAUGAGAAACUGAAGAAGGAUUUGAUUUGGGGGAGUGAUCGCUUAAAAGCCUUCUUAUUGCAGGCUCUGCGCUGGCGCUUGACCACCUCCCAUCCUGGAGAGCAGAGGGAGACGGUUCUGCAGGCCUACAUCAGCAAUGACCUCUUGGACUGUCAUAGCCACAACCAGAGGAAUGUGCUUCAAUUGCUGCACUCAAAGAGUGAGGUGGUGCGGCAGUACAUGGCCAGGCUCGUCAAUGCUUUUGCGUCACUAGCUGAAGGUCGCCUCUACCUUGCUCAGAACAAAAAGGUGCUGUGGAUGCUGGAGGGAAGACUGAAGGAGGACAAGGAUGUCAUCACCCGGGAGAAUGUCCUUGGGGCCUUGCAGAAGUUCAGCCUCAGGCGCCCGCUGCAGACAGCGAUGAUUCAAGAUGGUCUCAUCUUCUGGCUGAUUGAUAUUCUGAAGGACCCUGAUUGCCUGUCUGACUACACAUUGGAGUAUUCAGUGGCUUUGCUUAUGAACCUCUGCCUCCGGAGUGCAGGGAAGAACAUGUGUGCCAAGGUAGCAGGCCUUGUGCUCAAAGUCCUUUCAGAUCUGCUUGGACAUGAAAACCACGAGAUCCAGCCAUAUGUGAAUGGAGCUCUGUACAGCAUCCUUUCUAUUCCGUCCAUCCAGGAGGAAGCAAGAGCAAUGGGGAUGGAAGACAUCCUACGCUGCUUCAUCAAAGAAGGCAACGCUGAAAUGAUCCGCCAGAUAGAAUUUAUCAUCAAGCAGCUUAAUUCUGAAGAACUACCAGAUGCUGUUCUUGAAUCUGAUGAUGAUGAAGAAGAAGAUGAUGAAGAGGACCAUGACACCAUGGAAGCUGAUCUGGACAAAGAUGAACUGAUCCAGCCCCAGCUUGGAGAACUCUCAGGCGAGAAGCUUCUGACCACGGAGUACUUAGGAAUCAUGACCAACACGGGGAAGGUGAGGCGGAAGGGGCUGGUCAGUGUGCAGUGGAGUGUGGACGAGCCCCUGCGCCGGCCCGUCACCCCCGGGGGCCACAGGAACGGGUACCCACCGCUGGAAGACCAUCUCAUUUCUCCCCAGGCAACCCAACAUGCCAGAACCAGCUCCCCUCAGGCUCUGCCCAGCACUCAUCAGGCAGACUACAAGGAGAGCAAGCCCAGCGCUCCUGGGGCCUGCGUCUCCUCUUCACAUAAGAACCUUGGCAGCAAGCUGGGUCAGCCUGGAGAGUGGAUGCCAGCAGGACGUCAAGAAGAGCCUUACCUGCCCCAUUCAGGGGCCCCCAGCCAGCCAAGGGAGAUGCCCCAGGACCCAGGCAGUGGAGAGGCCACCAGGGAACUUACAUCAGCCUUCACCUGCAAGCCCCGGACACCCCAGACUCCAGAGAUCCUGGACCAGAACUCCCCCAAGGCAAAGGCAUCAGCUCUGGCCCCUCAGUUCUCUUCCUGUGGCCCCCAGCAAGCCAGCCGUCCCAGCUCCAUGGCAUCCUCCAUGAGGGGCCUGCAGAGCAACCAGUCUUACAGGAAGUGAGGAUGGUAUCUUUCCCCCAGUGUCACCGUCAUUGCCUGAGGAUCAGCCAGCUUCCCAU